UCAGGAUCUUCUUCCACAUGGCAAACUAGGAAACGAUUAGUGUUGCUUGUAGCCAGAAACAAGAAGCUCUUUCAGAAGAAUGAAGGUGGCAAGGCAAAGUGCAGGCAUAAUACUUACUGUUCAGGUCGAGUGGCAAUCAUUGUCAUGAAAGCCAUGCGGCUUAGAUUACCAGAAACAGUGAUGAAAGCUUCACACGAUCAUAUCCCAUGCAUCAGUAAUUAUCGUUACCAACGCAAGAUCAAUCACACCAUCUACGACCGGUUCAGAAAUUGGUUCAGUUCUUCAUUGCUGUAGCCGCCACACAACACUGCUGAUUUGAGAGAGCCAAAGAAGAUGAUUUCAUUCAGAAAAAAAGGCAACAUGUAGCUUUGACUGUUCCUCCACAUGGCAUGCCCAUCCAAACCUGUCAUGGAUUCACGGGAGGGCAGGAAGAAACCAUGGCUAUGAGAAGCAUCCGACAUGAGUGUUUGGUGUCUGCCUCUGCCUCUGCCUUUGUCCCUUUCAUCAACUCCACACUCUGAAUUCCAUAUGGCGAGAAGACCCACAACGUCUCCUUUUUCCAUGCCGUGAUUGCAGCUUCAAUCUCAGUCCAGUCCGCACUCCGCUUUUGGCACCAUUCAACUUCAUACGCCCACCACCUUUCGAGUGUUCUCCUCCGCACUCGCAUCGCUUUCAGUGUGUGGGUGGCAAGAGUCUGGUAAAUGUCCACACCAGAAGAGAAAAGAAACCGGCCUCUUUGCAGCUUGCACAUGGUAGAGAAAGGUCAAGUAACUUUUCCUUCCACACAUCUUCCUGCCAUACGUGAUCCACUGCAGCACCGGGAUUGACAAUCUCAUCACCAUGGCAACUGGACAUCACUAGAGUUACUAGCUGUUGAUCAGCAUCCCAAUCCAUCAUCUGUGAGAUGAUAGAUGACCACUGUUAUGAUAGCCCAAUUGCAGAUCUGAACACAGUAUCUAAUCCUCGAUGUUGGCAGUUUUCUCUGGCGUUGCUGCUAUUCUUCAUGCCAAAGAAAGCCACAUGAAGAGAUUCCAAUUCCCAUGCCUUCAUUGAUGGGUCAUUCUGCCACCUACUCCUUGUGACAUGCAUCCUCUGCUUCCAUAACAUGUGAAAUCGGAAAGAAGCCAAAUGGAGUGAGCCCUCCACCCUUCAUCUUCCUCCCUAUAAAGCCAGUGGCAAGCAGACCAGUCUAAGCCGGAGCAUAGAAUCAUGGACUGGUACUCCUGGUUGUCCAACUCCAGCCUUGAGCCGUACCUUGUUUACGAGUAUGGGCUCCUGUUGACGAACAACGAGCUCGAGGAGGAGGACAUAGCAUACUUCGACCAUUCCUUCCUCCAGAGCAUGGGCAUCGCCGUAGCCAAGCACAGGUUGGAGAUCCUCAAACUCACCAACAAGGACAGGAGGGUGCCUCCACUUCCUGUCGCCAAGCUCGUAGCAGCGCUCAGGCAGUCCAAGAAUUGUCUCGCCAGGUACCUCCGCACGCUGUCGCGUGCCAAGAGUCCGGCGAUCUUGGUCGUCCCGACGACUCCAUACGGCGACCGCUGGGGAGGGGCCAUGUUGAGGAGGAAGACGAAGCUGGCGCUUUUGAGGCAGGGUAGGCUGAUGAUCACCGACCGUGGCAUGAGCAUCGCUCGUGUGCCUUCUCCAUCCCACAGCGCUAGCCCGAUGUAUCGUAGUCACCAUGACCAACGCAACGCUGCAGCUGCUGCUGACGAUGAUGGGUACUGGGAGACUGCAGUUGGAGACAUGAGGUGGGACGCCAUGUUUCAGAACUUGAAGCCCACAUAAGAACUGGUAUGCUGCAUGUGACUUUUCUCAUGCUGUAACCAAAACAGGAGACUUCAUGAUCUUGCGAGGCUUGUGAGUUCGAUCCACCAUUCCUGGUGGAGGAGAAGAGUAUAUUUCUUUCCACAGCUGGUCAUGAUGAGAACUACUAGAUGUUAAGCACUGA